AUUGCGCAUGGCGGUCCUUGAGGUUUCUAUCCCCGCAUUCUCCUCACCAAUAUAUGUCGAGAUUGCUGACAAGCCACCUGCCUUUAUAGGGCGACAUGCUGAUGGCUCCCUCGAAGAUUCUUAAGAACCUGCUGGCGGCGGUCUUAUACCGCGAAGUAGUGGCCGUAACAGCACUCCCGAGGGCGAACCCCGUCGUUUCGGUGCUGAACGGUAGCUACGAAGGACUAUACCUCCCCGGCUUUAACCAGGAGGCGUUCCUCGGCGUGCCCUAUGCCCAGGACACAGGCGGUUGGAACCGCUUUCGGAUCCCGCAAUCCUUGGAUGAGACGUGGUACGGUACACGAGACGCUAAGACCUAUGGUGAUGCGUGCCCGGACUACAGGCCGCGAAAUGAUGCCUAUGGCAUGAGCGAGAACUGUCUCAGUAUCAACAUUGUGCGGCCGGCCGGCCUCGAAAAUAACACUGCCCGGCUUCCCGUCAUGCUGUGGAUCCAUGGCGGUGGAUACCAGUACGGAAGCAGCGGGCUUCCAGCGUAUAACCUCACAUACCUGGUGCAGAAAUCGGUAGAGAUCGGCCUGCCCGUCAUCGGGGCCAGUAUAAACUACAGGAAAGGAGGCUGGGGGAACUUGUAUUCCAUUGAGAUCCAGGGAUCCGGAAACACCAACCUGGCGGUGCGAGAUAUGCGCAAAGCGUUAGCCUGGGUUCAAGAAAACAUCGAGAGUUUCGGUGGCGACGCCUCGUCGGUGACCAUUUGGGGGCAGUCGGCUGGGUCAUUCGCUGUGGGUCAGCUCUUGAUAAGCUAUGGAGGGAAAACCGACGGACUUUUCCACCGGUCCAUCCAGCAAAGUGGCAGCGCGACGACUGCGUGGUGCAAUGGGUCGGACUGGUACCAGCCGAUCUACAACAACAUCGUCAACCAGGUCAACUGCAACUUGGCGCCAGAUACACUAGAAUGCUUGCGGACGGUCGACUACGAGACCCUGUACCCUUUCCUGAACUCGUCGGCCGUUCCCGGCCCCGGCUUCUAUCCUACGGUCGAUGGCGAUGUCCUCCCGAAUUAUCCUUCAGAGCUCCUGCGAGCCGGGCGCUUCGCACGUGUUCCGCACAUAUACGGCAUCACCACGGACGAAGGGACCGACAAUGCGCCUGUAGGUGUCAUCAAUACCGAUACUGACUUGCGGAAAUACCUGCUCCACGGUGUAGGGUUUGAUUUCCCGUCCACAACCGUCGACCACAUCCUGGAGUUGUAUCCGGACGACCCAGCGCAGGGCAUUCCAGCCGAUACGGGCGCGGAACGCUUCGCAGACCUGGGGUGGCAGUACAAGCGCAUUGCGGCUAUCGUGGGCGACAUCUUCUAUCACGCGCCGCGGAGAUACGAUGUGCGUAAAUACACAUCCUGGGGCAACCCGACGUAUUCAUACAGGUUCAACACGCGGCCGUGGCGUGAGAACACCACGUCCACAGCACCCGAUAGCAAUGCUACCGGGGGACUUGCUCCCGCGUCGGAGGGUGUCGCGCACUUCAGCGAAGUUGCUUUUGUCUUUGCGAAUCCGACGACGGUAGGACCCUGGCCGGCGUAUCGGAGGCUGAGCGACCAGCUAAGCAGCCAAUGGAUUCGUUUCGCGCACACCGGGAAUCCGAACGGACCAGGACUGCCGAAAUGGCCGCGAUACGACGAGAAGGAGGUCGGACUCAACCUGGUGCUGCAGACAGAGACCCAGGGCGGGACAUAUGUCGAGGAGGACACGUACCGGCUCGCAGGCCGCGAGUACCUGACGCACUGGGCAAGGAGGAGACAUGUAUAAGGAGCAGGAGAGCUAGUUCGAAAGCACAGAGAAACAAAAAUGCCCCUUCUGUCACGUCGGGCAUCCGUACGGUGUCUACGCUGUCGCAACUUGACACACGAUCUUGUGGGGUUAGCUGGUUGACGGCAGUGGUGGACGUAGAUAGACGUUCUCAGCGGCAGGCAGACGACGAUCCGACCGCCGCCUAAGGAGGCCCUGCACCUUAACCAGCCGUUAGUGAAGCCGUCAUUCUAUACGAAACCGUCGAUACGGUGUAAAUCGGAGAGGAUCGAAGGGAAAGCGCAGGCAACAGCACCCAAUGUGAAAUCAGCAUUGCCGUAAAGAGGAAAAGCUCGACUCGUUGAUGGAGUGGCUCGUGUUGGGCUUGAUACGACGGUUGGAGGUUGCGCUAGGAACAGAAGAUGACGGUCGAGAGAUGCUAGGUACCUAACGUAGGUGAUGGUGCUGGUUAUCGGUGCCGCUACUAUAAGAGGUAGUAGGAUAGGUAGGUACCCAGAAAGUACCCGACCCGACGAAGUACCUACCUGACGAAGCACCUGAGGCGGGCGGAAUAUAUGAGUGGAGCUGGAGCAUAUGAAAGUUCCAGGCGGGUAUUGUUGACUGCAAGAGGUACCUGAGCCAAGACACCAAGUCACAG